AUCAACACGUCAUAUUUUACCACUGGGUCUAAACUUCAGCAGACAACUCUAAGCCGCAAGUUACAUCACAGUUUAUAGGCAAGAUGAAUUUGGAGGAGUACUUCAAAAGGAUUGGCUUCAAUGGCUUAUAUAAUAAACCAGAUCUUGCAACACUGCAGUUGAUUCACAAACUGCACGUCAUGUCAAUUCCAUUUGAAAACCUCAGCAUUCACUGUGGUGAGAGAAAUGUCAUGGACCUUGAUGCCAUUUUCAAUAAGAUAGUGAGGAGCAACCGUGGGGGCUGGUGUCUUGAGAACAACUUUCUGUUCGGCUGGGUUCUGAGAGAAAUGGGAUAUAACACUACAACAUUGGGCUCCAGAGUUUUCAACAGCAUCAUCAAUGACUUUGGCCCCCUUGAAUCUCAUCUCAUCCACAAGGUCGUUUUUGAUGGAAAGGCUUACAUAGCAGAUGUAAGCUUUGGGGUGUCUUCUCAAGUAUUGGAGCCUCUGGAGCUCAUCUCUGGAAAGGACCAACCUCAGGCAGCAGGUGUCUUUCGUCUGAUAGACCAGGAGGGCGUCUGGGUGCUGGAGAAGGCUGGUAGAAAGCCAGAGGUUCUCAAUCCAGACUUUGCCACAUCAAGUCUGGUGAACAGGAAGGAAACAAAAACGAUCUACUGCUUCAUCUUAAAGCCCCGAGAAGCAGAAGAUUUCUUUGAUAAAAGCGACAUGCUUCAGACAGAUCCUAGUUCACUGUUCACCAAUAAAUCCAUCUGCUCUUUGCAGACACCUACAGGAUUCAGAGCUCUUAUUGGCUGGACCUACAGUGAGGUCACCUUCAAACCUGAGGAAGGUGUUGAUAUCUUAGAAAUGAAGGACAUAAAAGGAGCUGAGAUAGAGCAAAUUCUGUGGGAAAAGUUCAGUGUGAAGCUACAGAACAAACUACAGCCUUUAAACAACAAAUCCUUUUACACACUUUGACAAAUAGGUCCUGUUAUGGUCCUUUGAUUAUGUCAUGAUGUGUGUUGAUUUCAUGCCAGGUGGAGCAGCUUGUUGAGGGAUCAUCUAAUUUAAAUAUUCACAAUGCUUUGGAUUACAUUUCUGUGCAGUGUGGUAUCAAGGAGUUAGUGGACUGAUGGAGCUUUCUGGACAUAUCUGACAGUUGAGGGUGGAUGAAUGACAUGUCUUGGAUCUGUGUUUUUGGUAUAUGUGUGGAACACCAAACUAUCUAGAAUUGAUAUAUGGAACAAAUAUGCCUUUCUUAAAGAAAAUACCAACCAUAUCCAAGCAACUUUGUUUAAUGGUAUUAUGCUGUUGUAAUGCUGGUGUAACUUGCUUAAGUUCAAGUGGUAUAUUUAUUAUUUUUUAAAUACAUAGUGUAAGACCUAAUGAAGUUUUAAGCACUCCAAUCAGAGCUAUUAAUGCUAAUAUGUUAUUGUAGGGUUGUUCUUGUAACUGUGCUCGUAAAUAAUGCUACAAAAUUAUACUCCUAAACUAAAGCUAUGCAUCUUUUUCCUUAAAAAUAUGACUGAGCCUGUGGUUUUCUGAGAAGGCUGGAGGAGAAAACUGAGUUUCACGACAUAAGAGUAAGGUGGAGCCAUUUAUAUGUAUAUAAUCCCAAAAUUAGAGG